CAACAACAACAACAACAACAACAACAACAACAACAACAGCAUCAGGCAACAUAUAAUACAGUAGUAGCGGCAGCAGCAAAUGAAUCAACCAUAAUUGAAACGGACCAAAAUAAUGAUAUUCCUACUCUGAGUACUAGUAUUGGAUAUGGUGUUACUUGGAGCUGGUCAACAGCCUGGUUCAUUUUGCCGAGUGCGUGUGAUCUCAUUGCCACAACGGUAACAAGUAGAUUAAUUUUUGUUAAAGAAUUCGUAAAUGAUGAUGGUGAAUUGUAUGAUAUGCUUAUAGUCGUUGCGUUUCUUUCGAUAUUACUACUAUUAGCUUCUUAAUCUAGGUCUCAUAUAUACCACUCCUUCAAUAUAUCAGAUGAUGAAAAGCAGUAUUGUGGGAUUCUCGGCCGUUUUUAGUUUUUUAUUCUUAUCUCGUCGAUUUUUACCAAAGGAAUGGGUAGCCAUUACUGCAAUUUUACUGGGUACUUUUACCAUUACAGCUGGUACUACCUAUUUUAUUAUGCAACAACAAACCAACACUGUUAUUCCUAAUAAUAAUAGCAACCAGAUGAUGAUAAAGAUACUGUUGGAACAACAACAACAAGCCAGUACUGUUAUUCCUAUCAAUACUUCAACUACGACUUGCUUCUUUUUAUUUGGUAUUAUUUGUUUGGUUAUCGCCCAACUUUUAGUAGCUGGACAAUUUAUUCUUGAGGAAUAUCUUAUGGAUCGUCAUCAUCUGGAUCCCGUACGCGCUAUGGGUAUUGAAGGCAUCUUUGGUACUGUUCUCCUAGGUAGUAGCUUACUGAUUUCGGCUCUUUUUGGACAAGAUGAAUUUGAUGUUAUGCAAGGUAUUCAAGAUAUGGUACGGCAUGCUUUGUUAUGGCAGAGCGGGAUCGCCUUGGCUCUCAUGGUGGCUAUGUUUAACUUUUUCGGAUUGGCAGUGAGUACCACGAUGGGAGUACCCGGUCGUAGUAUGAUUGACACUUUAAGGACACUGUUGACAUGGGCGAUUGCCAUCCAUUAUGGCUGGGACACGUUCUCUUGGAUUGAAUUGAUUGGUUUCAUGAUCUUGGUUCUGGGUGUUUUUCUGUUCAAUGGUGUCUUUUCAAGUCUUAUCAGUUGCUUAUUUCAUUUGAUCUGUUAAAACACGUAGAUAGAAAAAGGAAUGGUAUCAGUUUUAUUAAUGAUCAAUAUAU